CUCAGGGAUGCUGGUGAGACAGAGACUACGAAAGGAAGGAAGGACACUGCCCACACACAAGGAGCCUGUUCUCACUGGAAGGGCCUCCACCCGCCACACCAAGCACAAGGGCACUGGGAAAGAUCCCCACCUGCAGACCAGACGAGCCUUCCAGGGGGACAUCAGGCAGCCUCAUCUCCUGCAUCAUGAACUGGCAUAUGAUAAUCUCUGGGCUUAUAGUAGUGGUGCUUAAGAUUGUCGGAAUGACCUUAUUUCUGCUUUAUUUCCCACAGAUUUUUGGCGAAAAUAAUGUCAUCUUCAUUCCCACAGAGAGCUCUGGAACAGUUCCGCAGAUUUUGGGGAAUGGCACUGUCAGCUUCACUCCAACAGAGAGCUACGGAACAGUCUGCCCCAAGGGGUGGGAUUUUCAUCAAGGAAGAUGUUUUUUCUUGUCCAAAUCAGAAUUGUCUUGGAACAAGAGCAUGAACUUUUGCAAAGAAAAACGAUCCACGUUGGCCAUUGUCAACACGCCAGAGAAACUGAAAUUUCUCCAGGACAUAACUGGUGCUGAGAAGUAUUUUAUUGGCUUAUUAUACCAGCCUGUAGAGAAAAAGUGGCGCUGGAUCAACAACGCUGAGUUUAACAACGUCGUUACCAAUCCAAUUCAGAAUUUCCACUGCGUGACCAUAGGCCUAACAAAGACAUAUGAUGCUGCUUCAUGUAACAUCACCUACCGCUGGAUCUGUGAGAAGAAGGCCCAAUGAUGAAGUUCUCUGUUGGCCUCUGACAAGAACAACAAAUAUACAGCAGAGAUAGCAAAUGAUCAUAUUGGCAACUGGGACUGAUCCGGGAAAUACAAAACAUCAAAUUCCUACAUCUGUCUUCCACAGGUCACUGGAGAACCCCCUAAUAGCUCCUCAGUGCCAAAGAACCAGGCCCUCCACAAAUAUACUUGCAGACACACAGCUGAGGCAAACUCCUCAUUCUGAAUCAGCAACCCCCCAAGACCCUAUUUCCUGUGAGAGACACACCUGUGGCUUUGGAUCUACAUGGGUCAACUGAUCAAAUGAUCUCUUUAUCCAUCUGUCUACUAGUAGAGGUCCUUGGCUAUUGGGGGAAAUCAGCUUCUGCAUUCCACCUUGGGGGACUGGAUACUAUUAAUAUCACCAGGAGACAGACUCAGUUUGAUGGAGACAGCUGGUUGAUACAGAGAUGAGGUCUGCUUCUAUAGAACCAAGGAUUUCUGACUGAUCAACAGGCUUUGUUUUGUCCUCAGAGCACAUGACCAUACUACCAGGGAGAAACUGCAGACUGAGCAGGUGUGAACGUUAUUUAGAGAAUAGCAAGAGUGGAAGAGGGAUCAACUCAGCUUCUGGAGUUCACUUUUUUUCCCGAGAGACCCCUGUUCUCAUACCCUCCAGCCUACCUGGGGAGGGACAGCAGAGGCCCUCUUCAAUCUGCUUUGAGGCCAGGCCUAGGAAUGGUCUUGAGAGCUAAGCUAGGACCAGAGACAGCACUGUUCAUGGGAAUGGAGAGGGAGUUGGGCAGGGCAGGAAUCUGCUAGGAAACCUCUCUGAAGACUACCUAACACCCAAGAUGACCACACUUCAGAAAACUGAAUCUCUGUUCUUCAGCAAAGUCCUAAAGAAAUAAGCUAAAUAUUUCCUUGGUCUUGGCCUGAAUCUCCAUUUGAAUGGGUUUUGAUGACCUGUUUGUUGACUAUUUAUUAAUAGUUUGGUAUAGUUCCUCGGGUCCCAGUAGUCAUAAUGUAUUCCUGCCUGCAGUUCUAGAGAGAUGACACUGCCAGGUACAAUCUACUCACCCCAAAGACGCCAGCACUGGUUGGUACCACCCUGACCCAGGACUGGUCCAGCUGACCACAGACUAGAAAAAGAGGAGGACUGCUCAAGGAGACAUUGGAUGGAGCCAAGUUGUGGGCAUUUGGUAGAAAGGGAACUCCAGGGACACAGGAAAGCCAUACACAGGAGGAAAAAGAGCUCAUUUGGCCAUACUGAAAGAAAGGCAAGAGAAAGGUAGAAAAGUCUUGUGGACAUCCUAUCUGUCCUCUGUACUUGCAGGAAGACAUCAGCUACAGACCCUUCUCAGUACGUGGAAAAGAGAAAAGAAAUAUGUAUGUGUUUUAAUUUAACAAGAAUUAAGCCAUAAGAACAGAGUCAUUGGAAAAGACCCUGAUGCUGGGAAAGAUUGAAGGCAGGAGGAGAAGGGGACAACAAAGGAUGAGAUGAUUGAAUGGCAUCACUGACUCAAUGGACAUGGGUUUGAGCAAGCUCCAGGAGUUGGUGAUGGACAGGGAAGCCUGGCGUGCUGCAGUCCAUAGGGUCGCAAAGAGUCAGACACAACUGAGCGACUGAACUGACUGACUGAAGCCAUGAGGGAAGUUUGCAUAAAACUACUAGAAAUUAUAGUCACUCGAGUAAAGAGAUCACCAUUUAUGUCCAAUAAAAAUGUACUACAAUGAUUGUGAACAUCACUUGAUGUAUGUCGAAUUAAAUUGAUGACAGUUUU